CGGAGAUAAGGCAGUCUGUAUCUCCAGUGGCUGUGUGUCCUUGUGGGAAUAAGGCAGAAUCAAAAAGGAGCCCUGGGCUCUGUCAGCCACAUGGAGAAAUAGAGUUGGUGUUUUCUGACAUCAGUUAUACUAAGCGCCUCUGACAUUCUAAAUACAUUGAACAGUGCUUGUACUGUAAACUAGUGACUUGGAAAAAGAAAAAAAAAUCGGGUUGGCGCACGCUCAGGGAACGCCUGCCUAGCAGUCAGCUAAAAUCACAAGGAGCAAGUGCGCAGGGGGAACCAGAGCCCAGACCCUGGUGUGCCUGUGGAGACAGGGUCGUGGGAGAAGGUCGAGAUGAACUCGAUUUUAUCGCGGGCGAACUCACUGUUCGCUUUCUCGCUGAGCGUGAUGGCGGCGCUCACCUUGGGCUGCUUCAUCACCACAGCUUUCAAAGACAGGAGCGCCCCGGUGCGUUUGCACGUUUCGCGGAUCCUGCUGAAAAAUGUAGAAGACUUCACUGGACCCAGAAAAAGAAGUGAUCUGGGAUUCAUUACAUUUCAUAUCACUGCGGAUCUGGAGAAUACUUUCGAUUGGAAUGUUAAGCAGCUGUUUGUUUAUUUAUCAGCGGAAUAUUCAACAAAAAAUAAUGCUGUGAAUCAAGUGGUCCUUUGGGACAAGAUUGUUCUGAGAGGUGAUAAUCCGAAGCUGCUAUUGAAAGAUAUGAAGACAAAAUAUUUUUUCUUUGAUGAUGGAAAUGGUCUCAAGGGAAACAGGAAUGUCACUUUGACCUUAUCUUGGAACGUUGUACCAAAUGCUGGAAUUCUGCCUCUUGUGACAGGAACAGGACGUGUAUCUGUCCCAUUUCCAGAUGCAUAUGAAAUAACCAAGAGUUAUUAAAUUAUUCUGCAUUUGAAACACCACAUUUUAUACAGAAUGAAUUAUUUCAUUUGUCUUGAAUGUUUUUCUUUUGCUUUUUACCUUUUUUAGAUUUUCUCUCUCUCUUUUUUUUUUUUUUUGCUACAACAGCAAACAUCAAAAGGCAUAUUUGAUAUAAAAGGUAAUGGGCUACUUAAAUUAAUUUUACAACCAAAAACAAAACAAAAGGCUACCAGAGUGGAAUAUUAUCUUAUAAAAAUAAGACAAUUGCAUAAUAAUUUUGUGUGUGUAUGUGUUCCUAUAUUUCCAUUAUUCUUUAAUGAAUCAAAGUGAAUUUGAAGGGAACUUUUGGAUGCCUGUAGAAUUAUAAACAUUUGUUAUUUUAUGCCUAGCAUUUGUGCAAGUUCACAUUGAAUGUUAUUAAGAAGUUGAAGUUUUCUAAUCUCUUAUAGGGUAUGCUGGAUUACUGGAAAAAUGUAGCAUGGUUGCCAGCUAGAAGCCUGGUUUACAAAACAAACAAAAGUGACAAAAUUUUAUGACAUUAGUCUUGGAAUUGCCUAUAGUGCUUGAUUUUCUUGUGGG